UUUCGGAGGUGUUACUUUGGAACUACAUAUCCCAUGAGCCAUUGAGGUGUCAGUUGACACUUCAGAUAGAUUCACAUGACUAGCAAACCAACAAAUCCCUGGCGAAUAAAAAAAUCCGGCUGAGCAAAGUAUAAACAGUAACUUCCAUUCCAGAAAGUGGCAUUUAUCCAGAGGACUGAUUGACGAUCACAAGCAAAGGUUAGCUUGUUAUCUUAACCAUGGCUCCUGGAGAUGACAGAAAGGUGACAGGUCUGGUUGCUGCCACAUUCACUCCUUUGACCGCUCAAGGUCAAUGGCACGACCGGAGAGAGCAUGUCUCUCUCUGUUGCAGAGAGGAAGGACCUGGCAGAGGAGUGGUGCCUGAGAGCAAAGGGAAGAAUGGACAACGUGAUUAUACAUGUCGGAUGCAUGAGCCUCAAAGACUCCCAGGAUCUGGCUCGUCAUGCAGCAGAGAUUGGAGCUGACGGGAUAGCGGUCAUUUCUCCCUCCUUCUUUAAGCCCAGAACUGCAGAAGCAUUGAGGAGAUUUCUGCAGGAAGUUGCUUCAGCUGCUCCAACUCUGCCCUUCUACUAUUACCAAAUCCCAUCACUUACGGGGGUGAAUGUUCCAGUGAGAGAUGUGAUAGAAGACAUUGAGAAUCUCAUUCCCUCCUUCAGAGGAGUAAAGUUCAGUGGGAGCGACCUGUUGGACUUUGGUCAGUGUGUCAGUUACAGCCAGCCGCACUGGUCACUCCUGUACGGUGUGGAUGAGCAAUUGCUAGCUGGUCUGGCAAUGGGAGCUAAUGGAGGUGUUGGCAGUACAUAUAACUAUGUGGGAUGCUACUUCAACCAGAUGAUUUCAGCCUUUGAGACUAAAGAUCUAGUCAAAGCCCGAACCAUUCAGUUCAAAAUCCAAGAACUUGUGAGUUACGCCAUAAAACGUGGUUUCGAUACUGGAGUAAACAAGCAGCUGAUGGCCGAGGUGUCAGGUUUGCAUCUUGGACCGCCUCGACUCCCUUUGAUGCCAUGCUGUCCUGAUCUCGCUCAGCUGAUCGUACAGAAAUACCGCAGCAUUUUUGUCUAGCGUCUGGCGUGUCUCAGCUUGUUCAGUUUCAACGAGAAUUCAUCUUUUACCAUGUUCCUGUAAACGAACAACUGUUGAUUAUGCUCACAGUACUGCAACAAUGAGGCCAGUUUCCAUUUUUCACACAUAACACCUAACCAGCUGUUUGGUAUCAGAUUCUACUAUUACCAAAUCCCAUCACUUACGGGGGUGAAUGGUGAGUGCACAUGUAUUUUUGGAAAAAUGUAAAAUGUUACAAUUUUUUUAGGUAAAUUAGUUUCUAUUCUGUUCUCUAAUAUUGGACCAUUUCUAGAAAGUAGUGAUUCUUUUAACUGCUUAAAUGAGUGAUCAAACUGACUUUCUGGGAAGUUUCUUUUUUUUUUUUUUUAAUUCUCAUUCUUAUUAUGAAAACAGGUUUAAUUUCAGCCACAUUUUGCUCCAUUAGAAACAGGUCAACAUUUUUAUUUUUUCUGUUUUAAUGCAAUAUCUUUACAUUGAAAGAGUCGACUGACGUGAACCAUGAAAGUGAGGGCAAUGUAUGAAAUUUGGUCAUACUUUUAUGUAAAACAACAUUCCUACCAAACAUCAAGGAGAUCAUAACAUGUUGAUUUUUACUGUUGAUUGGUGAAUUUGUGUUUAUUGAGAAAUAAAAGGGAAAUUAACUGAAUGAUAUGUGUUUUAAAGUUUUUGAAAAAAAUUUCUAAUAAAUAUUUUUUUGUGA